AUGACAAAGGAAUUUAUGAAACAAUCUUCUAACCAAGGAGAUUGCUCUCCAACAACAUCGUCGCCUAAGAAUGAUGCUGAAUGGGCUCCGACCACAGAAUGGGUACGAUCUUGGAAGGAAAAACUGCCAUUGCAAACAAUUAUGAGAUUACUGCAAGUACUAGUGCCUCAAGUGGAAAAAAUAUGCAUAGACAAAGGUUUAACAGAUGAAAGUGAAAUACUCAAGUUCUUGCAACAUGGUACGUUAGUAGGACUGUUACCUGUCCCUCAUCCAAUACUCAUAAGGAAGUAUCAGUCAAAUCCAGGAACAACUGCUUGGUUUCGAACUUAUAUGUGGGCUGUUAUAUUUCUUAGAAACAUUGAUCCUCCUAUUUGGUAUGAUACUGAAGUGAAACUUUUUGAAAUACAACGCAUGUAG